UGGUUUUUUGGAUUUAGUGUUGUACAAGGAGCAACUGCUGCAUUUGCAAUUCCAUACCAAGUUAGAUUAUUAACAAAUGAUCAUGAUAAAUCAUUUUGGAAUGGUGUUUUACCAAUACCCGGUAUGUUUAUAAAUUUAUUAGCAACACCCAUUUUUGGUUACAUUAGUGAUCAUACAAAAACCCCAUUUGGAAGAAGAAGACCAUAUUUAUUGAUUGGAACAAUGAUUAUGAUAAUAUUUUUGUGUUUAGAAGCAACAUUUGAUCAACCAGGCCAAUCAAUUGGUGGGUUAAUAGUAGUAUGUAGUGGUUAUCAAUUAGGUCAAGGUAUUGCAGGUGGUGCUUUUUCAGGAAUAAUCCCUGAUGUUGUUCACCCAUCUCAAGCAGGUAUUGCAUCAGGUUGGUUAGGUGUUGGUUUUUCGUUAGGUCUCCUUGUUGGUACUUUACUUUUUGGUACAUUGUUUGAAGUUAAUCAAGUUAUUCAUACAUGGUGGUGUUAUGGUGCAGCCGUUGCAUUCUUGGGUCUUUCCGCCUUGGUCACAAUAAUCACAAUGAGUGAAGAUACACAAGAUGAGUUUUCGUUCGAUGGUAGUGUUGUAGGCUUCUUCAAAUCACUCUAUUUACCAUGUACCACCUAUUUCAACUUCUAUUGGGUUCUUGUAACUAGAUUCUUUAAUACCAUGGGUAUCUAUAUGAUUUUCAGUUUCUUAAUGUACUUUUCAAUUGAUAUCAUCCACCAAACCAAUAACAUGGCAAACAGCUAUAUUGUUGUAGUUCUUGUCAUCUGUAGUAUUCCUGCUUCGAUCGCCGGUGGUUAUUUAGCCGAUUUUUAUAACACUAAACUAUUGGUAUACAUUAGUAGUUCCAUUCAAGUCGUAGCAAUAGCCCUUUUAAUUUCAGUAUGUUUCAACCCAUCCUUUGUUGGUCUCUUGGUAUUAUCCGGUCUUUUAGGUAUUGGUUAUGGUGCUUAUCAAUGUGUUGAUUGGGCAUUGGCACUCCACUCACUCCCAAAUAAAACAAUUGGUAAAGAUAUGGGUAUUUGGCACAUAUCAUUUACUGCUCCAACAGUGAUCGCCCCAGCUAUUACCGGUAGUAUAUUACACGCUACUCAAGAGAAAAUAAAUGGUGUAGGUUUUGAUACCGCAUGGGGUUAUGCUAUUAUAUUUGGUUUAAGUUCUUUCUGGUUCUUAUUAUCCACCAUCUUUAUUUAUCCCAUGAAAAUUAGU